AUGCCGUCUAGCGCGGAAUAUGCCUCUAUGAUGGAAUUGGAUGAGGUUCUUAUUCAGCGAUUUCUUGCUGGUUUUCAAGGUGAAACGGAGGAACAACUAAACAGCCUGUUGGAAUUAAAGUCUUUGGUUGAGCCAUUGGAUCCCAAAGUGGCUCAGGGGGUUGUUUUUAGAAAUUCUGGAAAUUGUUCAGCGACAAUUGAAUGCCUUCGGAAACUAGGAGAAAAGCACUCCGUUAAGACUGAAAUUAAUGGACAUGGGGAAAGUCCUCGUGAUAAAAAUAUAGAAAGGAGUUUUUUUUCUUGGCUUUUCAAAAGAAAGCCAAAACGCGAAGUUACAAAAUCAACCCCCGAAGGGGCGAGUACCAAGGCUGAUGAUGAUGGUACACCUUCUUCAUCCAAAGUUAAGGAAAAUGUAUCCAUUUUUAUAUCUCCUCAUGAGAUUAGAGAAAAGCCCCUUCCUCAGGAAAGAGAAAAUAAUGUUUCCCAGGAAAAAGAACAGAAUUUCGAUCAUGUUUCAUUAACUCGUCCAGUUAUUAGGAGAAGUCAUGAAGAAGAGGAGCUAUCAAAGGAGUACAAUUUUUAUGGGAAACCUAGUACAAAUUUUGUGUCAGUUUCUGAUCCUGGUGAGGAAUUUCAAAAGAUAUAUAGCAAGUUUUUGGAGUCAAUGUCCUAG